AUGUUGUCCAGAGUCAGACAGUUUUCCACGUCCCGCCGGGUCUUGCAGACCAUCGGGGACAUCAAGGGUAAGGAUGUCAACGCCGCCAAGUACAUGGGGCAGAAGUACCACGUGAUCGACCACGAAUACGACUGUGUCGUCGUCGGUGCCGGUGGUGCCGGUUUGCGGGCCGCCUUCGGCUUGGCUCAAGACGGGUUCAAGACGGCGUGUAUCUCCAAGUUGUUCCCCACCAGAUCCCACACCGUCGCCGCCCAGGGGGGGAUCAACGCCGCCCUCGGCAACAUGCACAAGGACGACUGGCACUGGCACAUGUACGACACCGUCAAGGGUUCCGACUGGCUUGGUGACCAAGACGCCAUCCACUACAUGACCAAGGAAGCCCCCGACUCCAUCUACGAAUUGGAACGUUACGGGGUCCCCUUCUCGAGAAACGACGAAGGCAGAAUCUACCAGAGAGCCUUUGGUGGUCAAUCGAAGGAGUACGGUAAGGGCGGCCAAGCCUACAGAACCUGUGCCGUCGCCGACAGAACCGGGCACGCGUUGUUGCACACGUUGUACGGGCAAUCGCUCAGAUACGACACCCACUUCUUCAUCGAAUUCUUCGCCACCGACUUGUUGAUGGAGAACGGCGAGUGUGUCGGGGUCAUCGCCUACAACCAGGAAGACGGGACCAUCCACAGAUUCCGCGCCCACAAGACGGUGUUGGCCACCGGUGGGUACGGGCGUGCGUACUUCUCGUGCACCUCGGCCCACACCUGUACUGGUGACGGGUACGCCAUGGCGUCGAGAGCCGGGCUCCCGCUUGAAGACAUGGAGUUCGUCCAGUUCCACCCCUCGGGUAUCUACGGUUCCGGGUGCUUGAUCACUGAAGGGGCUAGAGGUGAAGGUGGGUUCCUCGUCAACUCGGAGGGUGAAAGAUUCAUGGAAAGAUACGCCCCCUCGGCCAAGGACUUGGCGUCGAGAGACGUGGUGUCGCGGGCCAUCACCAUGGAAAUCAACGAAGGCAGAGGUGUCGGUCCCGAAAAGGACCACAUGUACUUGCAAUUGUCGCACAUCCCCGCCAACGUGCUUAAGGAAAGAUUGCCCGGUAUCUCGGAAACCGCCCACAUCUUCGCCGGGGUCGACGUCACCAAGGAACCCAUCCCCAUUUUGCCCACUGUCCACUACAACAUGGGUGGUAUCCCCACCAAGUGGACCGGUGAAGUGAUCAAGAAGAACGAAAAGGGCGAAGACGAAGUUGUGCCCGGUUUGUUGGCCUGUGGUGAAGUCGCCUGUGCCUCGGUGCACGGUGCCAACAGAUUGGGGGCCAACUCGUUGUUGGACUUGGUGGUGUUCGGCAGAGCCGUUUCCCACACCAUCAGAGACCAAUUGACCCCCGGUACCCCGCUCAAGCCGGUGUCGAAGGACAUUGGUAUCGAAUCGAUCGUCAACCUCGACAAGAUCAGAAACGCCGACGGCAACAAGCUGACCGCCGAGAUCAGAUUGGCGAUGCAAAAGACCAUGCAAAAGGGGUGUGCCGUGUUCAGAACCCAGGAAACUUUGGACAAGUGUGUCGAGGAAAUCAACGCCGUCGACGAAUCGUUCAAGCACGUCAAGACCACCGACAGACUGAUGAUCUGGAACUCGGACAUGGUCGAAACCUUGGAAUUGCAGAACUUGUUGACCUGUGCCACCCAGACCGCCGCUUCCGCCGCCGCCAGAACCGAGUCGAGAGGUGCCCACGCCAGAGACGACUACCCCGAAAGAGACGACGUCAACUGGAUGAAGCACACCUUGUCGUACCAGUCGGAAUUCGGUGGCCCCGUCAAGUUGGACUACAGAGACACCAUCAAGACCACUCUCGAUGAAAACGACUGUAAGCCCGUCCCCCCUGCCAAGAGAGUGUACUAA